CGUCCUCACCCGGAAGCGGGCGGCCUGUUUUGUUUUGAUGUAGCGCUCCUGUGGGAAAGGCGCAGCCGCAGCCAGGUCCGGGAAGGGGAUCCGGAGGGAGCGGCAUGGCUUUCCAGGAGUGUUGGGAGGAGUGGGAGCUCCUGGAUAAGGAUUACCAGACGUUGCAGGAAACACACAAGCUUUACAAGCAGCAGUUAGAAGAGGUCAUCAAACUUCAGAAUUCCUGCCUCAGUUCCAUUCAACGUCAGAAGAAGAAAUACAAGGAACUCUCCAAAAAUCUUGGACGAUGUGAGCCGUUAGACAGUGAGGAGCAUACAAGAGACACAGAGUUCAUCAAGGAGUUGAUGAAGGAAAGGCAAAACAUCUUCUUUGAAAUGGAAGCUUUUCUCCCAAAGAAAAAUGGGUUGUACUUAACUCUGGUACUGGGAAAUGUCAACGUGACUCUGCUCAGCAAGCAGGCUAAGUUUGCCUACAAGGAUGAGUACGAAAAGUUCAAGCUGUGUCUCACCAUCAUCCUCCUCCUCAUCUCCUUCAGCUGCAGGUUCCUGCUGAACUCCAGGGUGGCAGAUUCAGUGUUCAACUUCCUGUUGGUGUGGUACUACUGUACUCUGACGAUCAGGGAAAGCAUCCUCAUCAACAAUGGAUCCAGGAUUAAAGGCUGGUGGGUGAUGCACCAUUAUGUUUCGGCUUUCCUCUCAGGGGUGAUGUUAACCUGGCCUGACUCGAAGAUGUACCAGCUCUUUCGUAACCAGUUUCUCUCCUUUUCCAUGUACCAGAGCUUCGUGCAGUUUCUGCAGUACUAUUAUCAGAGUGGAUGCCUGUACCGACUCCGAGCCUUGGGGGAGAGACACAACAUGGACCUGACUGUAGAAGGAUUCCAGUCGUGGAUGUGGAGAGGCCUCACCUUUCUCCUCCCAUUCCUGUUCUUUGGUCAUUUCUGGCAGUUAUUUAACGCAAUCACCUUGUUCAAACUAACAGACCAUCCAGACUGUAAAGAAUGGCAGGUUUCCAUGUGUGGCAUUACCUUUCUCGUCCUCUUCCUUGGAAAUUUCCUUACAACAGUCCGUGUCAUCUACCAAAAGCAGAAGCAGAGAGAGGAAAAAACCAACAAACAACUGUGAGACAGGAGAGAGCGAGAGCUGAUCCAGUGAUUGUCAUGCACCCGUUUAAAUACACUGUGUUGUGUUGUAGCUUUUUCUUCACUGCCCCGCACCCAUUCUAGCCAGGUCACACUACAGCUGGUGUGUGGAGUAUAUCAGUUCAGGAACUGACUCUUGUUUAAAUGAUCACAGAAUAAAAUUGUGCAGGCCCACUCAAGAGUACAUCAGAAGUACAAUCUAGUGUUUCUGCCACAUUAUUUAUAGUUACAUUGCUGGAGAAAGGAUUGGCAGUGCUACUGUGUGGCUAGACUUAGCCAGCAAUGUGUUUUCAGCCAUUCCACAUCCAGUACCAUUUGGACUUCCACACGUGUGCAUUGAAGUGUGAAGGUCCGAUUCCAGAGCACCCAGCUUCCACCCCACCUCCAGACUUUCCUUCACUGUGGCACUGAGGAGAGGGGCUGGAUGCAUCUGAUCUAGUUUACAUUAGGAAUGGCCAGGCUCAGUUGUUGGAAUGGUGUUGCUGCCAUGGACUUGAAAUCUAAAGUUGAUUUGAAUAGAUUUUAAUGUCUCCUUCUGAGUUAUUUAAAACUGUUCACAAGCACGUGAUAACCUGGGGCACGUGCCCAGCUCUCCUCUGAGCACACUCUGCCUCAAGACACUUGGGUGCUAAGGGUUGGCUUGUACCUUUGUCCCUUUCUAGAAGGGUAGAGGAGACUAGGUGGUGGGCCAGUGCCAGGUUGUCUCCUGCACAAGCCACCUAAUGCUGGAAAUCUGACAAAAACAAACACUUGAGGGCAGGUGCACCUGUGGAAAGAGAAGAGUUAACAUUGCAAGUCAAUGGCCUUUCAGCAAAAGGGGACGACUAGAUACUGCUUCACCUAGAAGAGGGAAGGCUGUCGCUGAGGGAAGGUCUCCUCAAUGGAUUAGGGGUUUGUAAUUGCUGAGUGACCUAACAACCUUGGAUACACUGGCAGAUAGGUGGAGAAAGGAUAGAUGGGGAGAAUUUAAGUACUUCAUUAUUUCACUCUAAAUUAGCCCUUUCAAAGGUAAAAAAACAAAUGGUCUUUGACGUAAAACUUAGCUGGUUCUCUCUCCACAGCUGAGUGUUUCUAACAUUUUCUGUUUUUAUGUUAAGUAAUUUUUUUUAAGGAAAGGCCUGGAUUUGCAGAUCAUGGUCAAAAUAAAGAUCUGGAGCUGAGGUUUUGUUAACAAGGUUCUUAGCUGGAUUUUGAUAAUUUAAUCAAUGGUCAGAUUCAAAUAAAGACUUUUUUUAAAAUAAAGAACUUCCUGGUUAAUGCCUUUGUGAUUUGCAUUUGUAUUUGCAAAACAAAAAAACCUUGCAUUGAUAAAGUACUUCAGCAGGAAGCUCUUUAGCUUUGUCUUUAUUUAUAAGCAGUAAUUCUGGGAAUUUCAACACCUUUUUGCUUUUUUGAAUGCACCAACAUGCCUGUACAACUAAAGUGUUUCAGCACCUCUUUGCAGCUGGCAGGCAGUGGUCUCUCUGGAACACCAGGUGCAAUGGACACAAUCUUGAUGCCAUCUUCAUAGAUCACUACAGCCACAAGCAGCCAGUGAAGUGGGUUACAGCACCCUGGGCUCCAUGUGGUCAGUCAAGAAGUCAGUCAAGGAUUUUUGUAAACAUUUUAAUCAUUUUGAAGACAAAUUACAUGAUAACAGGUUUACACACAAAGCCUUAUGGAAACAUUAGAAACCAGAGCAAGUGACUAAAUUUAGAGAGGGAUAACGAUUCUACAUUCAGUCAAGGGAAGAGAUUAGGAAAUUUACAAUGAAUGUUGUGCUUGUGUCUGGAAAAAUAAAUUCAUUAGUAAUAACAUGACUGAGGCUUUACAUUAAUGUGUAUUGGCAAUUUCAAUAGAUUCUAAUUGAUGUACAAAAGGUUAAUGAGCCCAAGGCCAAACAAAUGUCUGGAAUUCUACAUUUCAUACAGGGCCACUGUGGACAAUGCAUCAACAACAUGUACAUGUACCCCAACUGGCUCAGCAUGACUGGCAGUACUCUGGUAACAGGGAAGUUAUUUUCUUAGUUAUCAUUAAAUUGGGUGCAGAAGGCCUACAGAUACAAACUUGAGCUUCCCCAGUGAGCAUUGGCAGCUCCCUCAUAGAUUUCUGCAGGCUGCAUGUCUCAUUCAGAAUGAGCAGGGGGGGGGGGGGGGGGGGG